UUUUGGUACUGCUCCAGAAGGGAACUGCUUUGCUUCUCUCUCAUUGCCUCUCUCUCUGUUUAUGGGGAGUUGUGAGUUAAACGGGCAUUGUGACAUGCCCAGCUCUCCAGGUCUGGACUCUGCCUUCUCAAGCUUGGAUCAGCCUUAUGCAGAGCUCCAUCGCCACGAGAGCAUCCAAGAGAAGAACGUGAAAGAAGCCAAAACUAAGUGCAGAACCAUCGCCUCCCUGCUGACAGACGCUCCCAACCCCCACUCCAAGGGGGUGCUGAUGUUCAAGAAGCGCAGGCAGAGGGCUAAGAAGUAUACACUGGUAAGCUUUGGGAGUGUCGACGAAGACCGCUCCUACGAGGAGGAGGACGGAAUUUUUCCAACUAGUGAGUCCGAAUUUGAUGAGGAAGGUUUCUCUGAUGCCCGAAGCCUAACAAAUAACUCAGACUGGGACAACACUUACCUGGACAUUGAAAAGUCCAAGUCUGACUCUGAACAGAAGGAAGAGAAGCAAAAAGGCUUGAGUGAGGCCUCAGGCAAAGGGGCACGAUUAUUUGAGCAGCAGAGGGAACGGGCUGGGAAGUACACAGUUGAGAAAGCCCCGGCACAGAAGAGCCCCCAGCUUGCCCCAGCUGCCCAGCCGCAGCAGGGCACAGUGAACGGAGAUAUGCCUGUGCCACAGAAAGUAGACAGCGUGCCCCUCAGCAUCCACCUGGAAGGUGUACAAGUGCCUGGCAAGCAGCCAGCCACCCUUCCUGCUCAGCUCCUGCCUCCCACCAGCCCCACUUUCUUUCCACCUCUGCCAAGCACCCCCGACCCCUUCUCUGCAAGCACAACGAGCAUGUUCAACAGGUCUGCACGCCCCUUUACUCCUGGCUUUUCUGGCCAGCGCCCAGCAACAUCCUCUGUCAUCUUCAGGCCAUCUGCACCCAAAAAGCCUAGUGAAAGUCUGGGUGGGCAAAACACGGUGGUUCCCCCUUUCUCACCUCUGGCUCCAGGAACACCUGCCAAUGCACCAGUGUCAACACACCACGGUCCAGUCAGCUCCUCCACAUCUCUGUAUAUUCCUGCACCAGGAAGGCCAACAUCACCACUGGAGCCACAGCCAAGAGGGGGACGAAGUGCUCCAGAGACUAAGCCUUCUGCCAACACAGCCCGAACAUCCUCCACCUCUAUCUUUCUGUCAGCUCCCUCAAAGCCAGGAGGGGAGGUGUCCUCCGCAGCAUCCCAGGCACGAGUCCCUGGAACGGCCUCUUCUUCUCUGUAUAUUAGUCCAGCACCAUCACAGCACAUGAUAAGCAGUUCCCCUGUGCCAAAGCAGCCUUCUCCUGCUGUCUCACCAGCAACGCCACGACCUCCUUCUGAGCCCUUAACCUCCAGAGAGCAGAGGAUUGCCGUGCCGGCUCCCCGCACAGGCAUCCUGCAGGAGGCUCGCCGGAGGGGCAACAAGAAACCCAUGUUCAGUAAGAUUGAAGAGAAGAAGAAGAAUUCACCAAACCCUGAGCUCCUGUCUCUGGUGCAGAACCUUGAUGAGAAGCCGAAAGGUGACCACCCUGGGGCAGGCUUUGAGUCUGGGCCUGAGGAGGACUUCCUCAGCCUGGGUGCUGAGGCCUGCAACUUCAUGCAGUCCUCUGGCCGCAAGUUCAAGACCCCACCUCCAGUGGCUCCCAAGCCUCAGCAGCAAGAUGCUGGACUGGUAAAUGGGGUCCAGGACAUGCCUCAGCUUAAAGGCAAGGGGGCAGAGCUCUUCGCCAAACGCCAGAGCCGCAUGGACAAAUAUGUGGUGGAGACAACACCGAAGCGAGAGUCCAAGCCCAGGACCCCCUCUCCUUCCCCUUCUCUACCCUCAUCCUGGAAAUAUUCACCCAACAUCCGGGCUCCCCCUCCAAUAGCUUAUAACCCAAUGCAUUCCCCUUUCUAUCCCCUGGCAGCCAGCAAAUCUCAGGCUAGCAAAGCAGAGAGCAAAGUGAAGAAGGCACCUGGCCAGAAAUCAGGGAUCAAGGUCAUUGAUUUAAUGCGCCACCAGCCCUAUCAAUUAAAGUCAGCCAUGUUCUGUUUUGGGGAUCCCCCAGGCCCCAGCGUUCAGGAGCCUGCUGGUCAGCCAGCCUCACAGGCUGGCUCAUCCUUCACAGCAGCCAAGCAGGUCCCUGUGAAAACAGCCAAGACCCAGGAGAUUCGUCGCUUCUCCACUCCGGCUCCCAUGCCAGCCUCAAGCAGCCUGGCACCCACUGUGCUUGUGCCCCGCUCGGCCACCACGUUGGAUGAGCCGGUGUGGAGAACAGAAAUGGCCUCUUCUGCUCCCGCUACACCAGCACCCUUCCAGGUGGAGCUCAGCCAGUCCCCUAAGCCAUACCCGAGCUUCCCAGAGCCUGGUCAGGUGAGCCAAGGGCUUUCCCCAAACCCAGCCUCGACCUCUCGGUUUCAGGUGGCCAGGCCCAAAUUCUCAGCAGCGAGAACGGGGAUGCAGGCCAAUGUGUGGAGGCCGAGCUUUGGUCACCACUGA